AUGUGGUUGUGUUUGUUUUUUCUAAUUACUACUGUUACUGCUCAUUUAUUUAAUCUUUCUUCUAUCUACAAGGUUAAUAUUGUAAGUUUUUAAUAAAAAAUCUAAUUAAUCUCUGUUCACAAAAGAAUAACACAAUUAAGAAUGCCAUCACUAUACUAAACAUUCCAGACAGAAACAGAAUUAUACCCAAAACUAGCUCCAUAUGAUACUCAAUUCAACACGGAUCCCCUAAAAGGAGUCCCCAGGAAUACCAGAAAUUACAUUCGAGAUGAGUUCAGCAAGGCUUACUAUGAACCAAAGUGUGGUAAUGUAAAGAACCGACCGUACAUUCAACCGUUCUUUUACUGGCCUGGAGAUACGAUAAAGUUACAGUGUAAAGUGUGUGAGAAGGGUCAAGUUGUGGAUGGUGAGAUGAAGUACUGGGCGUUUGUGCACCGCAGUAUCAUCUACAAGAUUGACAACUUGUACAAGACGAUCAAGGAUAAGCAGUGGAUGCCCAUCGACAAGUUGGAAAGCUUUACCAAUAUUAAGAUUGGAACACCUGAUUUCCACAGUAAGUGGGUUUAAUUAAACUUACCUAAUCAUAUGGUUAAAAAAGUGUUUUUAAAAAAAAUCAUGUUUUUUCAGGACCUGGACCGCUAAGAAAAGGAAGAAUACUGCCAAAAAGUACUGUAACUCAGAGGAAUGGACAUCUAAUCAUACAAAAUGUAAGGCUAAACAAAGAACAUUAAUUUUGUUAAAAAAUCCCUACGUAAAGCCAGUUAUUUUUUGCCCGCCUAAUAAAAACUAAAAAAAAAUUUUUUUGACUGCCUAGUAAGUAAUCUUUUCUUACAGAGUAGAACAGCCCAUUACGGUCUGUAUCGUUGUUUCACCAAAGCUCAAGAAGAAAAUCUCGACUUUAUCUACUACCUCAUACCGUAUACCCCUCUACUGGUCGAUACGAAAAGAGUAACAAGAGAUCAAUGCAAGUUAAUAUCAACAAGUGACCCUACUAGAGUCUUCGAUGAAUUUCAUCGAUGGAGGACAUUUCCAACCUUUGUUCAGGACAAAGAAAAUGGCAUUUGUAAUGGAGAAUGUAACAAGAAAGUGAGUUCAGUAAAAUCUAUCUCUAGGUUAAUUCACUUUUAAGAUGUUGUAUAUAAGUUCCAACAUUAUGUGCCCUACCCCUUAUAGUCAUCAUAAAACGUCUUCUAUGUUCAUAUUUUCCGAUAAAACCAAGUCGACCCAUACCUAUAUAAAGCUUUCCAGUUCCUGGAUGUUUCCAAGAUCAAAGACCCGAUCACCAAAUGGACAACACCAAAAAUACCAACACAAAAUACAACUGUCGUGACAGCUCGGUUAAACCUAGAAGUGUAUUUGAAAUGGGAGAACUGGACCAAGUGUAAGCAAAUGAAUACCCAGACAAGAAUAGGACAAUGUUAUCUACGAAAGACCAACAAAAGUAGGAUAUUCGAUCCAGAACAAGAUACGAUGCUCGGCACACUGUAUUAUGCCACCAAGAUACAUAAACUCUUGGAGAAGGUACCACAAUUUCAAGAGGAUGGUAUUCCAUUGUUCAGGUACGUACUGUUUUGGCGUUACUAGUGUAAUAUAGUGUACAACAUUGUGUAUAAAAAAUUCCUAUUUCGAAAUGAUAUAAAUAGUUAACGUCAUGACAACUUUAAGAUAAAAGCAGCCCUUUUGAUACCUAAACAGCUAAAUAUUACCUAUUUUUAGCGGAAUCCUAAUGGAUACCAUAAUGCCCAAGGAUCAGACGCUCCAACACUGCUCGUCGAUACCUCCUUUCGAGUGGAAUUCCUUACGAAUGCUAAUCAAAACUCUUCUGAAUAAGGGAGUAGAUACCAUGGUAAAGAAAAAUGUCAUGCAAUUAAGUCCAUGUGUCAGGAAGAUCGAGUACAAAGAACGGAAGUCGCUCACCAUGAGUCAUACUGUAUUUCAGACCCGCAAAUGUAAUAAAGACAACUAA